ACGUAGGGUGACUCAUUGUUGCCAGUCUUGGCUUUUGAAGUGACCAUGUCUGAUUUCACACGCACAUUUUGUACUGUAAAAUGUAUUGUAACACAUUUUCUCCCUAAAAGGUGUAGUUUACGUGUUUCCAUUCUUUUUUUUACAAACCGAACGGUAUAAUUGGCUUCUUUUUUGGACGUGUCGAUAUCAUAUUUAGAUGUCCUUUACUUGGGCAAAUUACGUAAGGUUGUUUUGAGAGUUGGGAUCAACCUGGCAACGCCGGUGGGGCUUCGAUCUUGCAUUAAAAAAACGCAGAAGCAUGGCGUUCCGUAGUGUCAUCCGUCUUCUUCCAGCGCGCAGGGCUCGGUUUCAUCCCGUGGUUGUGGACUGGACCCGAGCACAAUGCCUCUGCAGCCUGGCUGACGUACAGGUGCGAGCAAAUAACAGGGAGAACGUUGUGACCUCCUGGCCCGUGGAGGACGAGCGUGGUCGGCGCAGAAGGUCAUGUAAAGUCCGUAAUGCUGCGUGCUCCGACGAUGGAAGCGGUGACCGCGGUACUGACAGAGUCAACAAGCAUUUCUUACUGUAUAGUUUUUUGGCAUUUUCAUUCUUCGGAAAAUCUGACGAAGAGGAUGAAGCCAAGAAGACAGAAGAUGAGAUUAUUAUACUUCUUAAGAGAGCCAAGCUCAGCAUAAUGCAGGACGAGCUGCAGGCUGCCAGUGGAUACCUGCACCAGGCCAUCCGGCUAGCCCACCUGAGCCACAACAACCAGGCCAUCAUCUACACAUACAGCCUGAUGGCCAACCUCGCCUUUGUCCAGGGCCAGCUGACCAAUGCCGAGAAGCUGUUCAAGGCUGCCAUGAGCUUCCUGCUGUCCGGAGGGACUCCCCAGGAUGACAACGCUGUGAUCGAGAUGUCCCUGAAGCUGGCCACCAUAUACGCCACCCAGAAAAAGCAUGAGCUAGCCGAUCACGGGUUCCGGUUUUGCAUAGAGUCCCUGGAGGCCAAGAUUGAGAAACAGAAGGAGCUCCCAGAAGAUGCUCUGCCUGAUGAGGAGCGGAAGGACACCAAGCUGCUGCUGGGGCUGACCCUGGACUCUCGAGCACGUUACCGGACCGCAAUGCACCGCCUGGAGCAGGCCCAGGGGGAUUACCAGCGCGCCCUGCAGAUAUGCCGGGACGAGCAGGGGGAGUCGCACCCACAGACGUUGGUGCUGAUGAAUGACCUGGCCACGGUGCUGGACCUGCAGGGGCAUCACCAGGAGGCCCUGGGGCAGGUGAAGAGGGCCGUGGAGCUGGGCAAGGAGGCGGGGCAUCCCGACCAGCACGUGCUGCUGGGAAACAUGGCGGGCAUCCUGCUGCACCAGGGUCAGCUGGAGGAGUCCGCCCGGCUGUACCAGGAGGCCCUGGCCAUGGCUCAGGCUAACGGGGACAGCGAGGCGGUGGAGCAGAUCCAGGAGGGCCUGAAGGAGCUGGACAAGAAGAAGAACGACCCGGAGGACACGGCCUGAGACCCGGCCCCCGCGUGGAGAAACCGCGUGUGUGAGGGAGUAGCGCUGGGGGGGGGGGGAGAGCCCCCGCCCUGCUGCACCACCUCCAUCAAAUCCCCACUGGGUCCAUCCUCUUCUCUUCUCUCUAAACCCACCCACGAAAGGGACUGUGAGUGUGAAUAACCCAGAGAUACGUGGAGACAGGAAGAAGGGAGGUCAUAUAGCGAGCGUCACAGGAAGUGCCUGGUGCAGAUGUGUCCCCAAUGUUUGGUGGAGUUGGCUAAGUCCUAACCCAGGCCUUACAGUACAGUAGACACAGUACUGGUGUAUCCCUUCAUAUGACUUUCCCUUCAUGUUGCCAUCAGUGUACUGUAAACCCAGGUUAAAAUAUUGGAAUAAAUGUCUUCUACGGUG